AUGAUGAUGAGGGUGCUGCUUAUCUGCGUGGCGAGCUGCCUCCUGGUGGUGAAUGGUGAAGACAUUAUCAACCGCUGCACCUUAGCCAAGUUGCUGUAUGAGGAGGACUUGGAUGGGUAUGAGGGCUAUACCCUGCCUGACUGGCUGUGCUUGGCUUUUGUGGAAAGCAACUUCAACAUAUCAAAGGUGAAUGAGAAUGUGGAUGGCAGCUUCGACUACGGCAUCUUCCAGAUCAACAGCCAUUACUGGUGCAAAGACUACCACAGUCAUUCAGAGAACUUCUGCCACUUGGACUGUCAAGAACUACUGGAUCCCCACCUCCUUCCAUCCAUCCAAUGUGCAAAAAAGAUUGUGUCUAUGUCAGGAGGGAUGAGAAACUGGGCAGAAUGGAAGUUGCACUGUUCGGGACGGCCGCUCUCCUACUGGCUGACAGGGUGCCGUCUGAGUUGA